CAUGGGUGUGUUCUCAUCGCUGGUUCCCGCGAUAUAAUUGAUAAAAGUAACUAGUGGCAGUGCACCAUCGAUCGCACUGCAUCUCACACAUGUACCGCACGAUUCAUUGAGCUGGAAUCUUCUGGAAUUCAAGUUUUCGUCUGAAAUUUAAGUUGUCUGCCAGUAACGCCGCCAGCGCAAGAACAACAUGGGUAUGGUGGACCCAGAGUUCCGUGGAGCCGGCCAGAAGGAGGGGCUCAAGAUCUGGCGAAUUGAGAAGAUGGCCGUGGCCAAGAUCCCGGAGAAGGAUUAUGGGUAUUUCUUCAUGGGGGACUCCUACAUCGUCCUGCAUACAAGGUCUUCAGGCAACAGCUUUGUAUGGAACAUCCAUUUCUGGCUUGGAAAAGAAACCUCUCAGGUACAGGCGGGUGUGGCAGCAUACAAGACCACAGAGUUGGAUGACCAUCUGGGCGUCCCCACCCAGCAUCGGGAGGUGGAGCGAGUCGAGCGAGUCAGAAUCCUCUUCUCGUCUUACUUCAAGCAGAUCAUCUACCAGAAGGGUGGCAUUGCCUCCGGCUUCAGACAUGUGGAGAGGAACAAGCAUGACCCCAAACUGUCAAAGGUCAAAGGCAAGCGCAACGUCAGGGUCAUCCCGGUUGACAUGACAUGGGAUUCCUUCAACAACGGCGAUGUGUUUAUCCUGGAGCUGAACCCGAAGAUCUACGUGUGGUAUGGGUCCAAGGCUAACCGGCAGGAGAAAUUGAAGGUAGGGACAGUAUGCCAGAUGGCCAGGGAUGACAUGCACGGUGGCAAGGCCCACAUCGUGUACCUUGAGGAAGGUGAAACACUGCCUGAGGACAUCACUAAGGCCUUGGGAUCUCCCCCGAAAACCUUCAAGAACUCACCGGAGGAAGACGAAACCUUUUCCAGGAAAAAUGUCUCCAACACCAAGCUGUACCAUGUUACUGAUGAGUCGGGUGCUCUGGUUGUCACAGAGAAAGCAGUUUGCCCUCUGACCCAGGACCUGCUGGACUCCAAUGACUGCUACAUCAUCGAUCAAAGCAGCGCCGGCAUUUACGUGUGGAAAGGCAAAUCGGCCACUCAACAGGAGAAAGUCAGGGCCAUGAAGAAUGCCGAGGGGUUCAUAAAAGCCAAGCAAUACCCCAAGGGUACCAAGAUCACUGCCGUCAAUGACGGCGGGGAGCCGACCGCCUUCAAGUACAUCUUCAAGAACUGGCGGGAUAAGAAUGCAUCCAAGGUCGGGGAGGUCAAAUCGCCCAGGGGCAACAUUGCCAAGAUUGACUACAAGAAAUUUGACGCCACCACCCUGCACAAAAAGAGUACCUGUGACUUUGAGGCAGACCCAUCCCUGGCUGCGGCACAUGGUAUGCCUGAUGAUGGAACCGGUGCUGUCAAGAUUUGGCGUAUCGAGGAUUUUGAAAUGGUGGAGUUGGAAGCCAGCCUGUAUGGUCAGUUCUUUGGUGGUGAUAGCUACGUGAUCCUGUACACGUAUAAGGUCCGUGGCAGAGAGCAGUAUAUCAUCUUCUUCUGGCAGGGCCAAGAGUCUUCUCAAGAUGAGAAGGCGUCGUCGGCCAUCCACGCCCAGAAGCUGGAUGACUCUAUGGGCGGGGCCCCGGUCCAGGUGCGUGUGGUGCAGAACAAGGAGCCUCGGCACUUCCAGAUGAUCUUCAAGGGCAAGAUGAUCAUCCACUUGGGAGGCAAGGCCAGCGGUUUCAAGAAUCGUCAAGAGCAAGACAAGGCGGAGGCCACGGCAAGACUGUACCAAGUCAGAGGGACAAAUGAGCUCAACACUAAGGCCAUCGAGGUUCCAGCCAGAGCAAGUUCUCUCAACUCCAACGAUGUGUUUAUUCUCAAGAUGCCCAAUGAGACCUAUCUGUGGUGUGGUAAGGGAGGCAGUGGUGAUGAACGAGAACUAGCCAAGGCUGUGGCCAAGACACUAGCUGGCAGGGCGUCAGAUUACACCAUGGUGCCAGAGGGACAGGAACCCACAGCCGUCUGGAGUGCAUUGGGAGGCAAGGCGGCUUAUGCAAACACCAAGGCCUUUGAGAGUGAAGCGCCUGACUUCCCCCCUCGCCUGUUCCAAUGCUCCAACGCCGCUGGUAACUUCAAGGUCGAGGAGAUUAACGAGUUCACACAAGAAGACAUGGUUCAAGACGACGUCAUGUUGCUGGAUGCCUAUCACACGGUGUUUGUGUGGAUUGGGUCUGGUGCCAAUGAGGUGGAGAAGAAAGAAGCCAUCAAGAUUGCACAGGAAUACAUUUUAUCUGAUCCUAGUGGCCGAGACGUGGAUGCUACAUCGUUGAUUAAGAUCCAGGAAGGCAACGAGCCGUUGCAUUUCACUGGUCACUUCCAUGCCUGGAACCCCAACUACUUCAAGGAGCUGCCUAACCUGGACGACAUGAAGGCACAGGCUAAGAAGGACAACGAGAAGAUUGCUAUCGCGUCGGCUCCCGUCAUGGUGAGAAUUGAUGAGAUCCCUAAGAAGGAUGAUGGUGAAGACUUCAACUCCCUGCCCAAGUACCCACUGGAGAAGCUGCAAGCUCAAGAGCUUCCUGACGGUGUGGACUCCAGCAAGAAGGAGUAUUAUUUAUCCGCUGCUGACUUUGAGAAAGUCUUUAAGAUGAAGUUCGAAGCUUACGUCAAGUUACCAGCAUGGAAAAGAACCAACUUGCGAAAGGGAAACAAGCUUUUCUAGACAUUUUUUUCGAGCUGUCAAGAAAAAAGGUUGGGUUGUAAUUAAAACUUCUCAAAACUGAUGUAUUAUUUCUGACGCUGUAGUUUUAGAGAAUAUUAAAUUCAACCGAAUGUUUGGAGAAAAAGCUGCAAUUGUUUUUGGUUUCCUCAAGGGAAGACUGCUCAUUAUAGAUAAUUUAUAAACAAGUCUAUUGCAUAUUGAUUUCGUAAUUUUAAGAUUUGUUAAUACAGAGUUUUUGUUUUCUGGAAUAUUAGUUUGUGUGUUAAUAAGAGGUGUCAGAGUAUUUUGAAUUCUUGAAUUGAAAAAUUAAACAAAUACAGCCUUAUUGAUAACUGCUGUUUCGUAAUGAUGAA